CGAAGUGCGUACUUUACUCAAAGACGUUAAACUAGAAGAUCUCUAUAGUUUAUUUGAAAAAGAAGAAAUAACACUGCAAGAAUUAUUAGAAAUGGGACAUGAAGAACUUAUCAGUAUUGGAAUAAAGCAGUUCGGCCGCAGGCAGAGAAUAAUUACUGCUGCUAGGAAAAGGGAAGAUUCACUAUUUGAGGAUAAAGGUGUAGUAGUAUAUGAAUCGAUAGAUGAUAUUCAGCAUCUGAGACGUGAUAAGUCAAGGGAUCGGCCACCAGUACCUCCACGUUAUUCUACAAUGGAACUAAAUAGCCAGCAAGGCAGUGAAAAGAUGAAAGAACGCUCAAAAUCUAAGACAUUGCAACAUUCUGGAUCUGGUUAUGUACGGAUUCGAUCAACAAGUCAUCAGGAUCUUGCAACAGACUCUCAGAUGGCUGAGUUCGGUCUUUCAAAAACUUACUUCCCAAAAGAUGCUCGCAUGGCUCAGUCAGCUUUGAACUUGUCAAAAACGAUGCCUGCUAAACACAUGAAGAAAUACCGACGCAAAACAGCAAAGGAUUCUGUGGACAUACUACUUAGUAAAAUUGCAGAUUUCAAGCACAAGGCAAAGAAUUCUCUGCUGCAGUCUUAUAUUGAUAUACAAAGACUGAUACAAAACAAGCCUUUAUCUGCUGACGUAAAAGAUGAACUUAGCGCAGAAUUUGGAGAUAUAGAAAAGGUUAUUUCAGAAUCUCUCAAGGAUCUUGAGGAUGACUUUUGUCCAAUAGUUAUAACAGGUGAAACAAGCGCAGGCAAAAGUAGUUUUGUGAAUUUGUUACUAGGCGUGGAAUUGCUACCUACACACUCAUUGACUUGCACUUCCACAAUUUGCAGAAUUUAUAAUAAAGAAGAAAAAUCGAUCGUUUUGAUAAGUGGAAAAGACUACAUAAAAGAAUUAGUAUUACAGGGAGAUACUGAUACAGCUGAAGUCCAGGAUCUUUUACGAAAACACGGUAGUAAACCUGUCUCAUCACCAACAGAAAAAGAAAACAUACCAGACGAGGGGAGUGAUGAGUUAAAGUACAUAGAUAUUAAUUGGCCGAUCCCUGCUUUACAGGAACACAUGUUGAUUGUUGAUACUCCUGGUAUCGGGCCUGAUUGUCCAGAACUGACAGAAAGAUUGUACCAAUACCUACCAAAGGCUUUGGCGUUCAUCUAUGUUAUAAAUACUCCAAAUGCUGGCGGGAUACAAAGUGACAGAAUUCUUCAAAUACGAGAUGUGUUGAUGAAACAAAAUCAAGAGGAGCAUAUGUCGGUGUUUGAUCCAGAAAGAGCAAUAUUUAUAUGCAAUAAAUGGGAUCAAAUCCAUGAAGAACCAGACAAGGUUUUUCAGAUGGUUCAAGAUACUUUGGAUGAGUGUUGGAUUGGUUUUGAUCCAGACAAGCUGUACAGACUGAGUGCACGCCAGGAGAUGCAGAACUCUCUCGAUGGUAAACCGGUUUCACAGGACUUUAUUGAUAUCCUAAAAGGUAUUGAAAGCAUGAUCCCCGCAACAACCAGAGAGAAGUACCACAGACAUUUGCACUGGCAGAGAAAACUUAUAGAAAGAUUAUUGAUGAAACUGUCUACAAGAAUCCGAAAUUCACAUAAAUCAAAACAAGACAAAAAAGAAAUGAGAGAAAAAAUUAAAAAAAGAAUUCUGUUUGUAGAGGAAAAUCUUUCAUUGAAAAAACAAGCUGUGCAGAGUAAAGCAAAAACUCAUUGCAAGGAAAUAGCAAAAAACGUCUUUGUACAUUUUCAAAGCAAGGAUACAUUCGAUAGGAUGUUUAAAUGGACCGAGGAUGAUCUGCCUAGUCAUGGUCAUAUCCAAGAAAUUAAAAGAGUCAUUGACAAAUUAGCUUUCGACUAUAUAACUCAGGAGUUACGCAAAAAACUUCAAGAAACAGAAGUUUCAAAACUUCGGGAAAUAAUUGAACAAUUGUUUAAGAGUGAAUGCUUUUUAAUAGAUAGAGAAUGUGAAAAAAUUGACGGAAUUUUCCUAGGAGAAGAAGAAACUUUAAUAUCAAGAAAAAUAAAUGCAGCAGACAAGAGCACGAUUUUUGAGUUGUCAGACAUUGGUCUAACAGGCACAAAGGGGAAGAUUAUGUUGGCAGUAAGUUCGCCUAUAAUAUUAGCCGUUGGGAUUAUAUUGCUGCCAGUCGGUCUCACAUAUGCUAUUUCAGAUAAACUAAACAAUGAAAUGAAACUUUCUAAAUACAAUACAAAUAGAAUCGCUUUUGCAAACAAGAGAGCUUCAAAAUUGUUAACCAAACUGAAUGUACAAGUUCUUACUACGACAAUAGAAGAAUCGUUGUUAAAAACAUUUAAUUGUCGCAUUCAAGAGUUUUUUGACAAAGAAAUUCCAAGUCGAAUAAAAGCAGGUGGCAAACUCAUGGAAAAUAUUUCAAAAGAUUUAAGACAACCAAGGGAAAUACGAAAACACAGUUAUAGUAUGCAAAAAGAUGUGAUGCCUGUAUAUGGAAGAAUAAUUGUUGCUUCAAUGGAUGUCUUUGGUGAAAACAUUAUUGAAGCUGAUCACAUUGCUGGUUCUGAUGUUAUUGCCACUAUACAGUUUAACAAUGAAAAUAUUACAGUGGCAGUUAAAUCAAUGCAAUAUAAGGAAAACCAUAACGACAAAUAUACAGCUACGGCAGAAGUGUAUAGUAUGAGAUAUCUCCAUCACCAGAAUGUUGUCAAGUUCUAUGGCAUUUGUCCAGUCAUUGACCACGGAAUGAAAGGCAUCAAGGUUUUCACAGAAUAUUGUGAGGAUAAUUUAGACAGCAAGGUUUUUGAUGAGCACAUACUUUGGCAAGAAAGCCUUCCUUACAUUAAAGACGGACUUGAAGGACUGAUUUAUCUCCAUCAAUCUGGAAUCGUUCAUAGAAACAUUCGACUUGCUGCAAUAUUAAUAAAAGAUGGAGAAGCAAAACUGUCUGAUGGUGGCAUUACAAUGAGAAAGAUUUUAAAGGGUAAUAUAAGUGGUGGUGUGCCAAUUGUUAGAGCUCCAGAAGUCUUAUUAUUCGAUUACUGCGGUCAUGAGUCGGACAUGUUCCAAGUAGGUAUAGUUCUAUGGGAAGCUUUUUAUACCAAGCGAGCUUUUUUCGAUGAAAGUGCAAAGACAACCUAUGAAGAACUGAACAAGCGCAUUGCUAACGGGGAAAAACCUCCACUGGAGGAACCUUAUCCACAAACAACUAUCCGCCACAAAAUUGAAGACUGUUGGGAAAAGGGUCUAGAUCAAAGGCCUUCUGCAAAAGAUGUGAGAGAUGUAAUCACUGCACUCCUAGAAAGUAGUCCUAUAGCAAAUUGAUAAAAACGUCCUUAAGAUGUUUGUUUGUUUGGUUUUAUACAAUCGUUCCGAAAGAUUGGAAUGUUGGUUAACGCCAAUGCAUCUAUCCAUCCUUUAAUGAUAUUUUCGUGGCCUUUUUCAAAGCACUACAAGUCAACCUUCUUGAACGUUUGCAGCAAGUUUUGUGUGUCAGUGCGAUACUGUUGGCGUUUGGUCUUUUCGUUCGUAUCUAUAAUACUUAUGUAUAAUUACAGAUAAAUAAAUCAAUUGUUGCAUUAUUUGAACUACACAAAUGUAUGAACUUAAGAGUUUCCUACAAUGUGAAAUAUGCCUUACAACUACUUUUUUUUUUACAAAAUAACUGAUGCAACGUAUCAUUAUUUAGCAAUAGCUCAUAUCUCGACUUGGUUGUGUUUUUCUAAAACACUAGAUUGUUUGUCAUAAAAGUGCACCUGGUCAACCUGGAAGGCAAUUUUAUUAUUUUUUUCAUUCCACAUCUAUUAUUUGAGUUAUAGAGUAAAUGGAAUAGUUCAAUAGAAUAUGAUGUGGACAUUUAUAUAGUUUGCCAGAAUAUUUAUUCAACCACGGUUGACGCAUUUGCUAACGCAGAUAUUAUUUUCAAACCAUGUGUCAAAAUCAAUAAAUUGCUAUUAAUAUCCUAUAAUUUAGUUUCUUGUGUUGAUAAGGAGUUGUUUUCCAUUGAUGAUCAUGAGGAUAAAUCGUUUUAUUAUUAUUAUUUUGGUAUUACUAUUUAUAUUAUUAGUUUUAUUAGUUUUAUUGUUCGACAUGAACUAGCCAAUCGCAGUUCGCAUAAGGUAUUGUUAUGCUUACAUUUCGAGAUAUGCAAAAUGCAAUCAUGGAGCUGAGUUUUUGUCAAACAAGUGUCAUUCAGAUUUAUUUAUACUCAU